GACGGCUGAUUGGCCCAUAAUGCGCCGUAUCAUAUCGAGUGGGGCUACGUUGUUAGCCGCUCCGCUCGUGCGAGUGCAUGAUCCGAUGUCUGGGUUUUUCGCCAUGAAGAAAGACGUGACCGCCAAAGGCUAUAGACUCAAUCCCACGGGGUUUAAGAUUGCGUUGGAGAUCAUGGUCAAAUCGAGUCCCAUUCAUAUCAUUGAGGUGCCCUUCACGUUCAUUGACAGGGCGGUUGGGACCAGCAAACUCAGCGCCAAGACACAGAUCCAAUAUGUGCGACAACUGAUGUCUCUGUACUGGUUUGCGUAUCCGUUGACUGUCAUCACUCUAGUUUUACUGGCCUUAGCCGCGUUAGGGUUCAUGUACCUAUACCUGACCAAGAACAGAAUACGGUCGUCCAUGUCCCUGCCAACGCCCUUAUAAGAUUAGCAGAGGCUCAGGGGAACUGAACUGCGGUAAUUAGAUACACAAGUGUAACCACGACUAUUAAAAUAUAACAUUCAUGCCCACGGCUUAUCAGUGUAUGAUUACGAUAAGAUGGAGUAGGUAAUUAGAUACACAAGUGUAACCACGACUUUCUAAAUAAAACAUUCACGCCCAGGG